CGUACAAAGCACGUUUGAAGACUUCAUAAUUUGCAACUCUUUUUCUUGUCUUUUGUGCACAUUUGUGACAAAUUGGCAGCAUAAGAUUCUCAGAUGCUAUCUGUAUAGUAAUGGGAGCCGAUUUUUUUCAUUUUCGUUAGUGUUUUAGUCGAUUUUUAUUUCAAAAACAAUCCAAAAUGUCGGUUCUUCUUGAAACUACAGUUGGUGACAUUGUCAUCGAUUUAUUCACAGAAGAACGACCACGAGCGUGCUUGAAUUUCCUCAAGCUUUGCAAAAUCAAAUACUAUAACUACUGCUUGUUCCAUUCUGUACAGAGAAACUUCACAGCACAAACAGGAGACCCUACUGGUACAGGCAAAGGAGGUGAUUCUGUUUUUAGGAGUCUUUAUGGAGAUCAAGCCAGGUUAUUUGAAGCAGAAACGAAACCAAGACUCAAACACACAAGAAGAGGAACAGUUUCAAUGGUGAACAAUGGAGACAACAUGCAUGGAUCACAGUUUUUUAUAACUCUGGCUGAUGGGUUAACAUAUUUGGAUGGUGUUCACACUGUGUUUGGUGAAGUUUCAGAGGGAUUCGAUAUCCUUAAAAAAAUUAAUGAAACAAUCUGUGAUGAUGCUUACAGACCCUACCAAGAUAUCAGAAUAAGCCAUACUGUCAUAUUAGAUGAUCCAUUUGAUGAUCCUAGUGGUCUUGAGGUGCCAGAUCGCUCACCUGAGCCAACCAAAGAACAGCUUGAGAGUGGUCGUAUUGGUGCUGAUGAGAAAGUGGAUGAUACAGAAGGAAAGACGAUGGAGGAAAUUGAUGAGAUGAUUGCUAACAAGGAGCAAAAGGCUGGAGCACAAAUACUUGAAAUGAUUGGUGAUAUACCAGAUGCCGAUGUCAAGCCACCUGAAAAUGUAUUAUUUGUUUGUAAACUAAAUCCUGUCACUACAGAUGAAGACCUGGAAAUCAUAUUCUCUAGAUUUGGCACCAUUACCAGUUGUGAAAUUGUGCGAGAUCAGAAGAGUGGAGAAUCACUGCAAUAUGCUUUUAUUGAGUUUGAAAAGGAAGAAGAUUGUGAAAGAGCUUAUUUCAAGAUGGAUAAUGUACUGAUUGAUGAUCGCCGCAUUCAUGUAGACUUUUCGCAGUCAGUAGCUCAUUUGAACUGGAAUAAACAAGGAGCCAAACCAAUUAUCAGUGAGAAGAAAGAAGAAAAACAAAAGUAUGCUGUAAAAAAUACAACACGAAAAGACUCAUAUGAUCUUGUGUAUGAAAAUAGUAGUGGAGAUGAAAGAAAGACCAGAAAUGAUAAAGAUAGUCAUAAAAGACAUAAGCACCACAGAAGUAGCAGCUCUAGUGAUGACGAUAAAAGAAAAAGAAAACAUAAAGUUAGUGAUAAUAACAGCAGCACAAGAAAAAGAAAAGAGAGGAGAGAAUACCACAGUUCAGAUGAAGAAUACAAGAAAAAGGACAAGAGAGAGGAUAAGAAAUAUAAAAGAAAAGAUAGGAGAGAAUAUAGUUCAGAUGAGGAAGAUAGAAGAAGGAACAAAAGAACUGAGCAAUACAGUGAUGAAAGAAGAACAAAAGAAAGAAAACGAAAGGAGAGUUACAGCUCUGAUGAUGACAAGAAUUCCAAAAAAAGGCACCACAGUAGUAAAAGUGAAAAGUAUUCAUCAUCAAAGGAAAGACGACAUGAAAGACACUAACAAAGAUGCACUUUUAUUAGUAUGUACCAAUGAUAAUGCGAAUUAUAGCUCUUGUACAAUAUGUAUCUCCUUUUGUGAUAGUCUUUUAUUGUUUCAUAACACCACAAGUGUAAAAAUCUCACAGGAUAUCUUUUGUAAUAAUGGUGAACUUAACAUAUUAAAUAACAAGCUUUGGUUUUAA